AUGGAGAAUCCUACGGAUACAUCACCACCACUAGAAACUCUCGAUGGAGGAAGUUCGACAACCUCGCCAGAAAUUUCAUCCAGUGGAUCAACUGAAGCUUCGUCAGAACAAGCAAUGUCAGGCUCAGUAACUACUCCAUCAGAACCUACGACCAAUGAUACUCCCAUGGAUGCAUCACCGCCCCAAGAAACUCCUGGUGGAGGAAGUUCGACAACUUCACAAGAACUUUCUUCCAGUGGAUCAACUGAAGCUUCGUCAGAACAAGCAAUGACCCCAAUGACAGGCUCUUCAACUACUCCAUCAGAACCUACGACCAAUGAUACUCCCAUGGAUGCAUCACCACCCCAAGAAACUCCUGGUGGAGGAAGUUCGACAACUUCACCAGAACUUUCAUCCAGUGGAUCAACCGAAGCUUCGUCAGAACAAGCAAUGACCCCAAUGACAGGCUCUUCAACUACUCCAUCAGAACAUACGACAGACGAUGCAGCGACAACUUUGUCACACCCUACAACAAUUCCUUCUACGGAGGCUUUACCUGAAACCACAACAAAAGGAACUUCAGGUGUGAAUUCGUGUAAGACGCUCUAUUCAAUGGGGCAUCAAACAAGUGGUGUCUAUGCCAUCUCUCCUAGCGGUGUGGGACUGACCGAUGUCUACUGCGAUAUGACCACCGAUAGCGGAGGGUGGACAAUCUUCCAGAAACGUUAUGACGGAUCUGUGGAUUUUUACCGCAAUUAUACCGAGUAUGUUCGUGGAUUUGGUGACGUCGAGGGCGAAUACUGGUUGGGAUUAGACCAACUCUACUUACUUGCUAAAGAUGGAGUCGAACUCAGAAUCGAUAUGGUUGAUUACGAUAACAAUCCAUUCUACGCUCAUUAUGGCAGUUUUAGCAUUGGAAGUACCAACACCAACUACCGAAUCGGGUUUUCAUCAUAUACCGGUACUGCAGGAGAAGGGCUAGAUGCAGCCAACGGACAAGCCUUCUCAACUUAUGACAAUGACCAUGAUGACGGAAUUGGUAAUUGUGCUUCUCUGUACAAAGGGGGGUGGUGGUAUAACAACUGUUAUACAGCCAACUUGAAUGGGGUACACGGACUCCAAAAUGAUUUGGAAGGGAUUGUUUGGGAUUACCCUAACCCAAAAUACAUGAGAGAUACAGAAAUGAAGUUAAGAUGAUCGGAUUGAUCCAUGUUGUUGUCAUUCCUUUCUACCUAAUUUUUGAAGUUC